AUGGCGACGCAGAAGACAAGUUUAAAACGAUAUAUUGAAGAACUUUCUACGACAAAUACAGAUUAUAAAUUUCCACAACAAACGAUAAAUCAAGCUGAAUCAUUAAGAUCUUUAUCAAGUGAUUUAUAUACGGAUAAUAUACGAUUUAUUUACGAAUUAAUACAAAAUGCUGAUGAUGCUGCAGCGAAACAUGCUACUCUGGCAAUUCUCAACAAUAAAUAUUUAAUUAUUGCUCAUGAUGGUAAACCGUUCGAUGAAAAAGAUCUACAAGGUUUAUGUGGUAUUAACAAUGGUACAAAAAAGAAAGAUUUAGAUAAAACAGGUUAUAAAGGUUUAGGAUUCAAAGCUGUUUUUGGAAAAUCAAAUAAUGUUAUUAUUUAUUCAAAUGGUGAAUACUUUCAAUUUAAUUCUUCAUAUCGAAUAAAAUGGAAUGUACAAUGGGGAACUGAGAACCAAGAAAUAUGGGAGAAAGAAAACGAUCGACAAUUUAUUCAUCCCUGGCAAAUCAAUCCAAUAUGGAUGAAUGAAGAUGAAAUUUCAACUUUCAUUCUAGAUUUUUUUCGUUCUAGUCAAAUACCAGUUCAUGUUGCCAACAUUAUUUUAUUGAAUAAUGCUGCAGAAAUUUGUCAGGCUAUUGAACAGUUAAAACAACAACCACAUAUGUUUCUAUUUCUAAGACAUAUUUCUCAAAUGGCAUUUCGCACUGAAACUUCAGAUAUUGUAUCUAUUGAAUGUGACGCUAAUCAUGGUUCGAAAAAAAUUUAUUAUAAUCAAAAGAUUCAUUCACAAUGGAUUAUUAAACGACUUGAAUUAGAAGUGCCAAAAUUAAUUCGACAGAAAUUAAUUGCUGAUUGCAAAGUACCAGAUAAAUUACGUGGGAUAAAAAAAGCUGAAAUGUUGUUUGCUGCAAAAUAUAAAGAUUCUAUAAUUGAUGAAAAUGGAAAAAUAACCCAUACAAGUACGAUCGACAGAUUACAAGAUAAAGAAUCACAUUUAUUUUCUUAUUUACCUACAAAAAUUGUCGAUUAUACAUUUCCAAUUUUAAUAAAUGCGAAUUUUUUAACAAAUGCAAAUCGGGAACAGAUUCAUACAGAUUCGUCUUGGAAUCAAUGGUUAUUUCAAAAAAUAGGCAGCGAAAUAUUUAAAUGGAUAAAAGAGUUGGUUACAAAUGAUCAAUUUCGUUUUGAAGCUUAUCGACUUAUUCCAAUGAAAUUGAAUUUAACAAAUAAUUGUUUGUCUGAACAAUUCGAUAAAUCAUUUGAUAAGGCCGUCAAAGAUCGUGACUUUAUUCUCGGCAGAGAAAAUAAAAAUCAAUUACGAGUAGAUGAAGUUAUUAUGGAUUUAACAUCACUGUCGAGACAACCAUCUUUUAUAAGUACUAAUUCAAUGCGUCAAUAUGUUAUUAAUCACUAUAAAAAAAGUACUUUCCAGUGUGCAGAACAGCCCUUUAUUGAUUUUGACUCGAAUUUAUAUCGGCUUGGUGUUAGACAAUUUAAUUGGCAAAAUUGUAUUGAAAUGUUUAAAACUGAUGAAUUUCUUAGAACUCAUUCGAUUGACCAAAAUAAACUGAUGAUCGAAUAUUUUUAUUCAAAACUAUCGAAAGGUGAAGUAGCCGAUGAUAUAGGAAUAAAAAUCGAACAAAUUCCAUUUUUAAUGGAUCAAAAUAAUCGCUUACAAACGAUAAAAAAUAUUUAUUUUCCAGGUGAAACAUUUGGUGAUAGUGAAACAAGUUAUUCAUUUGUUAAUAUAAAAAUCUUUAAAUGGUUAAAUGAAAAUAAGCAGCAAGACAUUAAACAAUGGUUGCAAACUUUGGGUGUCAUAGAACGAACUGAUUUAACUUAUUUAUAUAAAACAAUUAUUCCAAAUGCAUCUACUUAUAUUACAUCAGAAAACGCGAUGAAAACAAUAAAAAUGCUGUUUGUAUUAUUUCAAAAUAAUUUAAUUAUAGAAAAAGAACUUCAUCAAUUGAGACAACUAAAAUUAUUAACAACGCAAGGAAAUUUCAUCUCGGCUGAGCGAUGUUUUUUCUCUGAUGAAUUCAAACCACGAUUAACACUUGAAGAAUAUUUGAAAACAAAAGAAGAUGUAUUUCUAUCAUUCAAUUACGUAACAAAAAAUAUCCUCAGCAACAAAAGUGAAAGUGUACCGGAAUGGCGACGCUUUUUUUCUAUGUUAGGUGUUCGUGAUGAACUACAUAUCGUCGAAUUUCCACAGAAAUUAACCAUUGAUGAAGCUGCUCAACAUGGAUUUUGUCUAAAAUAUCUGUUAAAAAAGUUCGAAGUAUAUCAUACGAUUGAGGCAUAUUCUGGAAUAAAAACGAUUACAUUUUUAAAAUAUACAAAAGAUAAUUAUGAAUUUUCAAAAUAUUUUUGGUUAUAUGUAAUUAAAAAUAUUAAAGUAAAUGAUUUCGAACAGAACACCAAAAUCUAUUGGGGUCAUUCGUAUAUGUCGGGUGCAAUUAAUGGAACACAAAUAAAAUAUCCUAAUUAUAUUGAAUGGUUCAUAAAAAAUAACACAUGUAUUCCAACUACUUUGAAUACGUGUGAAUUAUCAAGCAAUGUAUUUGUUGAUGAUCAAGAGAUAAAAGAAUUUUGUAAUCAAUAUAUGCCGUUUCCUUCUAUUUCUAUCUCACCAGACAAUUCCGAUUGGUCUCGUUUUUUAAAUUUUAAAACCAAACCUUUACUAAUCGAUUAUCUGAAUUUAUUCGAAAAGUUUCGUCAAGAUGAAAACAAUUCUAAAGAUUGUCUUAAUCGUAUACAAAUGAUAUAUUCUUAUAUACUCAAACAUAUUGCAUUGUACACUGAAUCUGAAGCAAAAACGAUAAACUCCCAAGCACGUAAAAUUUAUUUACUAGGUGAAAAUAAUCAAUGGAAAUUAGCAAAAGAUUUAUAUGUCUAUGUUGAAAGUAAAGGAGAGCAUAGUAAUUUAAAUGAUGCUGUUCCUUGUCUUAAACUAAAUUUGAAAAAUAAAACUCAUCCAAAUUUAAAGAAAUUCUUGGAUUUAUUUCAAAUUAAUUCAAUCAAAUUGAAUGAUUUACAUCUUCAAGAUGAAAAUUCAACUCCAGCCGAACAAUUUCGAGAAAAACUUAUUGAAAUUUCACCAUAUUUAAAACAAUGGCUGAAGUUAUUCGAUUAUCCAUCGGAUGACAUUUCAUCCAUCGACAAAAUUCUUCAACAAGAUAUUCAUUUCAAAGAAUCAGAUUAUCUCAAAUUAUUUUAUAAAGAAAAAUUCAUUCAAGAAGCAAACGUUUAUCAUAAUAUUAACAAUCAACAUUUAUAUGUUACACGACCAUGGCAUGGAGAAACAACACUAAUAGAUCUGCCAAACAGAUUAUGUCAAUUAUUAAAUAUACAGGGAUUUGAAGAUAAACUUAGAUUUUUAUUAAAAGCACAGAAAGACGAAAUUAUUAAACAUUUUAAAAAGUUCUCAAUAGAAGUACCAACACAUAAAGAUAUUGUUCGCUUGCAAAUGCCAUCAAAAUCAGAUUCGUCUUCAUUAUUUAUCAAACAAAGCAACGAUGAAAAUUUGACACCUAUUGAAGAAAUCGACGUACCAGAUAUGAUAACACCGAAUUUAGAAUCAAUGCAAAAUCAUUCUCAUGGUAAAGGUUACUAUGGCGAACAAAUGGUUUAUCAAUAUUUACAAAAGAAAUAUUCUUCACAACCAGGCGUUUCUGUUAAAUGGUUAAAUCAAGAUGAUGAAUCUCAUUUUCCGCACGAUAUUGAAUUGAUUAAAGAUAAGAAACAAUAUUAUAUUGAAUCAAAUCGCAGCGAUUUUAGAACAUAA